AUGGCCUCAGCAUAUUCCCCUGAACAAAUCGAUCUCUACGAAGAACACAUCUCUCUCCCCUCAAAAUAUCGACAGAAAACCAAUCCCCCAUUAACUAUCGACUACUUAACAUCUCUACACAUCCACCAAAUCUCCGCCGUUCCAUACGAAAAUCUACUUCUUCAUUACUCACCUGAUCAUACCGUAUCCCUAGACCCGCAAACACUCUUCACCAAAAUCAUAAGCAAUGCUCGAGGAAGAGGCGGGUACUGUCUCGAAGGUAGCACAUUUUUCAAUCACGUGUUACGAGCCCUCGGUUUCCAAGUAUAUACCGCAGGAGUAAGGAUACGAGGAAGAUCCACACACGAUGGUGUUCCACGCGGUGAUUAUAUCGGCUGGUACCACACCCCCUUUACCUUAUUUUCGCUUACUUACCAAUCCCAACAUCAUCUACCGGCAUCUCCCUCUAGACUACCUAACAUCUCUCUUUCUAGGUUCCACAUCGUAAACAUAGUCGCUCUCCCCAACACCACCAAGUACAUGGUAGACGUAGCCUUUGGCGGCGACGGCGCCACCAAACCUCUUCCCCUGAUCUCCGGUCACGCAGUCCAAAAUCUCGGAACUCAAGAAAUUCGUCUCGUGUACGAAACGAUUCCGCAGCAAAUCGAUCAAUCGAAACCGCUCUGGAUAUACCAAUAUCGUAACGGUCCCGACAGAGAAUGGAAUUCUUAUUAUGCGUUUAGCGAACAUGAAUUUCUGCAUGAGGAUUUCGAAAUUAUGAAUUAUUAUGUGAGUACGAAUAUGAGCGCGAGGAAUUUUCAGACGAAGAAUGUUUUGAUUGUGGCUUUUGUGAAAGGGAGGGAUGAGGAGAGUGAGGAGGGUGGGGAAAAGAUUGUCGGGAAGAGAAUGUUGGUUAAUGGGGCUAUAAAGGAAAAUAUGGGGGGGAGGACGAGGCUUGUGAGGACUUGUGAAGGAGAGAGUCAGAGGGUGGAGGUUUUGAGAGAGCUUUUUGGUAUUAGGUUGACGGAAGAGGAGAUUAAUGGUAUAGAGGGGAGCAUUGCAGAGUUGAAAGAUUCAUCGGAUACGCGGAGCGCUGUGACAGAGACAGAGAAGUAG